AUGGGAUUCAGCAACGUGUCAUAUCAGAACCCCAGAACAGUGAUCUUGAUUGGCAUCCCUGGAUUAGAGCAUGUGCAGUUUUGGAUUGGGUUUCCUUUCUUUGGUGUGUGUUUGUUGGCACUGAUGGGGAAUACCCUCUUAUUAAUCAUCAUCCUUACAGAACGCAGCCUGCAUCAACCCAUGUACAUCUUCCUGGCAGUACUAGCAGCCACUGAUCUAGGCCUCUGUAUAGCCAUUGCUCCAAAGAUGCUGGCCAUUUUCUGGUUUGGUUCUUGCUCCAUGUCCUUUGAUGCCUGCCUUGCCCAGCUCUUCUUCAUCCAUGCCUUGCAGGGCAUGGAGUCUGGCAUCCUGCUGGCCAUGGCCUUUGACCGUUACAUUGCCAUUUGUGAUCCAUUAAGGCACACAACCAUCCUCACACCUUUUUGUCUGGUUAAGAUGGUGAUGGUGGUGGCAAUCCGGGCAAUAGUGCUAGUUGGCGUUUUACCCAUUCUACUCAAGCAAUUGCAACAUUUCCACUCUGUGGUAAUUGUUCAUUCUUACUGUGAACACAUGGCUGUUGUCAAGUUGGCUGCAGAAGAUGUCCAUGUAAAUAAAUCAUACGGGCUCUUUGUGGCAUUUGCAAUUCUAGGUUUUGAUAUGAUGUUUGUAUUCAUCUCUUACAUUCUGAUUUUCCAAGCUGUUUUUCAUCUUCCCCAGAAGGAAGCUCGACUCAAAGCAUUCAACACUUGUACUGCCCAUAUUGUUGUCUUUCUUGAGUUUUAUAUCCUUGCUUUUUUUUCUUUCUUUAGCCACCGUUUUGGUCACGUAUCACCUUAUGUCCACAUUCUCUUGUCUACCAUCUAUCUACUUGUGCCCCCUGCUCUUAACCCUAUCAUCUAUGGGGUAAAGACCAAGGAUAUCCGCAGGCGUGUAAUUCAGAUUUUUAUUUUGAAACCUGACAUUCAGCACUGA